GCGCGCCGCCAGUGGCGGGCGGGAGAGGAGGCGAGCGAGAGCCUCCGCCGCUACCGCCGCCGCCGUGAGAUGGCAUCAUUCUGCGCUGUGGCGGCGGUGGGGAGCGGCGCCGAGGGUUGAGAGGGGACCCUCCGCCACAACCAAAGGUGGGGGGAAAGCGGCGGCAGGAGCACGGCCGCCGCCCCCCAACCAGCCGGGCUCAGAGCCACGGCUGAAGUUGCUGCCACUGACAUGGCUACAGCCUCCCCAAGAUCUGGAAUCAGUAAUAAUUGUAAUGGAAGACUACAGUUGCAAGUAAUUAUUUCUAGUGCCAAACUGAAAAGAAAAAAGAACUGGUUUGGUGGAACUGCCAUCUAUACAGAACUAGUAGCAGAUAGUGAAGUUAAGAAAACAUCUAAAUCUAACAGUUCGUCAAAUCCAAAAUGGGAGGAACAGUUGACUGUGAAUGUGACUCCACAAACCACUUUGGAAUUUAGAGUGUGGAGCCAUCAUACUUUAAAAGCUGAUGCUUUAUUAGGAAAAGCCACUGUAGAUCUUAAACAAACUUUGGAAAUACAUAAUAGAAGAUUAGAAAAUAUCAAAGAACAAUUGAAACUCUCAUUGGAAAAUAAGAGUGGCUUGGUACAAACAGGGGAACUGAUAAUUGUGCUUGAUGGUUUGGUACUUGACUCAGAAUCACUUACAAACUGCAGUUCGCUAACCAUAGAAGUCCAGCAAAAUGGUGAUGCUUUACAUGAAAACAGAGAAGCAUCUGCAAGAAUCACUUCCAGAGUAGACAAUCAACCAUCAAGUUCUAUAGUACAGAACUCAUUCCCUAUACAUGCAGUUAAUGGAGACAGUGGAGACAGCACACCAUCUCCUUCUCAUAUUGCAGCCAGACCCAAAAAUUCAUCAUCACCAAAACCAAUUACAACUCAGCCUGGCAACAACAUUGUCAACUGCGAGGUAGCCAUGAUGGAAGCUGAUAAUUGUUCAGCCUCUGAAACUUUUAUGGAUUCUGCAGAAGUACCAUCGUCUACAUCUGCAGAUUGCACUACCAUUACUACAGAACCUCCUUCAGCAACAGAAACUACUAAUACCUCUGAAAGCAGCACAUCUACAACUGCCCCUAAUGUUUCUGCUGGAACUGAAACUGUUGCUCCCACAGACCUUGCAUCUUCAAGUCAGAGAAACAACACAGUUGCAGAAGCAGCCAAACCAAGGGAGUCUUCAAAUGUAUCUGGGGAAGCUGUAAGGCAACAGCCUGCUAACAACAGCAUAGAACCUUUGCCUCCAGGAUGGGAACAGAGGAAGGAUCCUCAUGGUAGAACCUAUUACGUUGAUCACAAUACAAGAACUACGACUUGGGAACGGCCACAGCCUUUGCCGCCAGGGUGGGAAAGGAGGGUUGAUGAUCGUGGAAGAGUUUACUAUGUGGACCAUAACACACGAACAACAACAUGGCAGCGACCAACAAUGGAAUCAGUCAGGAACUUUGAACAAUGGCAGUCUCAGCGCAAUCAACUUCAGGGAGCUAUGCAACAGUUUAACCAGCGAUACCUCUAUUCGGCCUCAAUGUUGAGUGCAGAAAAUGAUCCUCUUGGUCCUUUACCACCAGGCUGGGAAAGGAGAGUAGAUUCAAAUGAUAGAGUAUAUUUUGUGAAUCACAACACAAAAACAACACAGUGGGAAGACCCCCGGACACAAGGCUUACAAAAUGAGGACCCACUUCCUGAAGGCUGGGAAAUUAGAUACACCAGAGAAGGUGUUAGAUAUUUUGUUGAUCAUAACACGCGGACAACUACCUUCAAUGAUCCUCGUACUGGUAAAUCCACUGUAAAUAAAGGGCCACAAAUUGCAUACGAACGCAGUUUUAGGUGGAAGCUAGCUCAUUUCCGUUACCUGUGUCAGUCAAAUGCUCUGCCAAGCCACGUGAAGAUCAAUGUAUCCAGACAAACGCUGUUUGAAGAUUCCUUCCAACAGAUCAUGGCCUUAAAACCCUAUGACUUAAGGAGACGACUGUAUGUGAUAUUCAGAGGAGAAGAAGGAUUGGAUUAUGGUGGUUUAGCCAGAGAAUGGUUCUUCUUGCUUUCCCAUGAAGUAUUGAACCCUAUGUACUGCCUGUUUGAAUAUGCUGGAAAGAGCAACUACUGUCUACAGAUAAAUCCAGCAUCAACAAUCAAUCCUGAUCAUCUUUCGUAUUUCUGUUUCAUUGGGCGGUUUAUUGCCAUGGCAUUGUUUCAUGGCAAAUUCAUUGACACUGGUUUUUCCCUGCCAUUCUACAAGCGCAUGCUAAAUAAGAAACUCACAAUAAAGGAUUUGGAAUCUAUUGAUACUGAAUUUUAUAAUUCCCUAAUUUGGAUAAGGGACAACAACAUUGAAGAAUGUAAUUUAGAAAUGUACUUCUGUGUAGACAUGGAACUUCUAGGGAAAGUUACUUCGCAUGAGCUGAAAUCAGGAGGUUCAAACUUGCUUGUAACCGAAGAGAAUAAAGAAGAAUAUAUUGGUUUAAUGGCAGAGUGGCGGUUUUCACGAGGAGUACGAGAACAAACCAAAGCUUUCCUUGAUGGAUUUAAUGAAGUUGUCCCUCUUCAGUGGCUGCAGUAUUUUGAUGAAAAGGAACUGGAGGUUAUGCUCUGUGGCAUGCAGGAGGUUGAUUUGGCAGACUGGCAGAGGAACACUGUUUAUCGUCACUAUACAAGAAAUAGCAAGCAAAUAAUAUGGUUCUGGCAGUUUAUAAAAGAAGCUGACAAUGAAGUUCGUAUGCGACUGAUGCAGUUUGUCACUGGUACUUGCCGAUUACCACUGGGAGGAUUUGCAGAGCUCAUGGGAAGUAAUGGUCCUCAGAAAUUCUGCAUUGAAAAGGUUGGCAAGGAAACAUGGUUACCAAGAAGUCAUACCUGUUUUAAUCGUUUAGAUCUUCCACCAUACAAAAGCUAUGAACAGUUAAAAGAGAAGCUGCUUUUUGCAAUUGAGGAGACAGAAGGAUUUGGACAAGAAUAAAAAGCAAAUUAUAUUCAAGUUGUUCUUUAACAGACAAACUGGAGCAACUAAAUUGCACAGCUAGUUGUAUAUAAGCUGUUUCUUCUGUACAGUGAUUUUUUGAACUCUUAAAAAGUUCUCUGUUCUUCCACAAAGAUAUGCAAAACAGUUCAACCUUCUCUACUUUAUUUAUUUCCCCCUCAGAGACUGACCAGAAUAAAAUUGAAGCAGAAAAAGACUUUAUUUAAAAUGUGUAUAAAGAAAUACACAUUAAUAAGCUCUAGUUUUAUAGAGCUUUAAAUUUGCAUUGCAGCCAUUCAGAAGAGUCAGGAGGUUCUUGGCUUUAUACAGAAUAUGUUCAGACUGCUCUGUGUUCUCACUUAUGCAACAUCUCCAAGAUUAUUUCUAUUGCAUGGCUGUUAUAAAGGUGUUAAAGGCUUAGGCCAAACGUAUCCUCACUAUGUAGAAAAUGCUGCUGGCUUUUUGAAAUGAUGGAAUAUAAUAUUCUGUCAGCUUAAUUUUAAAGAACUGUAAUAGUUGAUAACCCUUUCUGCUACAUCAGUGUAGCCAAGGUCAUGAGUAAAGCCUUUAUUACUUGCACAAGAGUAAUGUACAAUAAGAUGAAUGUGAUUAAUGUUAAGACAUUGGUGCCACUGUUCUGACUUACUGUAGAGGCUGAACAGACUCAUUAAGCAGCAUUGAAAAUUGUUUACAUAUUACCUUGGGUUAUUUCCAGGAGGACAGUAGGUAAUCUUCAAGGAAAAAAAUAAUAAAAGAUUCUUACAUAUUCUCUUCUGGUCUGAUAUCUUACAAGCUUUUUAAAAAGAUAUGGAUGAUAUACUUCAGUUUCAUAGGAUAAAUUAAUGUUUGCGAUUUAGGAGGAUAUGAAAGGUAAUGUGAAUGGCUCUGCUCAUUUUUGGUAAUGAAUCCAAAUGGAAAUACAGUUACAUAAGCUUUGCACAAUUGAACUAAUUUUGUGUUCAUUUUUAAGUUGAAAAAAAUCACGUUCCUAAUUAAGCAUCUCUAAAUCCUUUUAUUUCAUUUAGGACAAGGCUUAUUUGUCAUAAGUGCACAAUAUAAGUGUGUGUAUGUGUAUGCUCUCUCUCACACACACAUUUAAAUUGUUUUAUCAGUAUUGAGGGCAUUUGCUAAAUUGCAAAGGAUAUGUAAUAAAUUCUAAAACAUACUGAUGUGAAUUAUUAAAUGCUACUUUUAGCAAAUUGUGCUUCCUUAUUAUAGAGUAUCAUUUUAAAAAUUACCAUUUGUAUCAUGCUUUCAAUACUCACUGUAAAUUCCAUUAAAUUUAACUUAUACAGUUUUGUACACACAUGAAAACAGAUUUCCUACAAGUAACAUUUCUGUAACAUAUCAAACUGUAAAUGCAGUAAGACACUGCUAUAUUUGCUUUCAUUUUCGCAGUAUAGCAGUUGAAUUCUGCCAAAAUCUUAUUUUUCUACAUAAUGCUACACUUUGUUAUUCAUGGAUAUUAACCUGUGAAUGCUUGGUAAAAGCACUGAAUUGGUUAACAGACCUCCAGUCUAUUUUGUUAGUUACCCUAUACAUAUUAAGGUGGUUUUAAUAUUAGGUUGCCCUCCCACAAUACACAUCAGAAAUUUCAAUAAAUUGUUUUCCAUAAAUAUGCAUAAAAGUAAUGAAGUUUGGAAUUUAUCUGAAUUAUUUAUCUAAAGUUUGGAAUUUACCUGAAUUAUUUGUGAUAUCUUAUAUGGAAGAGAGCUUUAAAGUGUCAAUGAAGGAAAAAAUGUGGUAUGCCUGAAUAAUAAUUAAGAAUGGAGGACUAAAUUCAGUACAACAAACACUUGAUUAAUUUGCACUAAUGGAUGAUGGGGAGAACCAUUAUAACAACUAAUCUUGUAAAUUGGUAAUUAACAAAAUAAAAGACAAAGACAGUG